UACUCAAAUUAAUACUUAUUAUUAUUUAUUUUCCUUGUUGUAGAUUUUUAAAUUUAAUUAAUAGUGAACGUGAUAUUUUUUUAUUUAACAAGUGCUAAAUUCGCGCAGUAUAAAUAGACAAAACGUCCCAGGAUACAAGUUUUGAUAACGAUUUACUAAUACCGUGUCAAACCCAACGUCUAUCGCCUUUUAGCUGUUGUUGAUAAGGUUGUGUUUACAAUAAAAUAGAAGUUUUAAAAACAUCUGUUCGUGUCUUCGUUCCGUGUGACAGGGCCCGCACGGGGGCUUGUGUUCCCUGCCAACCGACAGCCGGUAGUGCCGGUAACUUAACCUCAAACUGAUACAGACGUGAGCGUGCUUCAAGUUAAAACAGACCUCAAUAGUCUUAUUAUCAACUAAUUCGUUUUAAUAAAUACGUAAAAAUCGCUACUAAAAUUCAUAAAACGGUCGUCCUAUGGAGUUCGUGUACCAUUUGAAAACGACGUUUUGUAAAAUGUUUAAGCGACUUAAGUGAUGUGUAAGGAAGAUUAGCUGAACUUUUAGUGACGCUUUUAUGUUUGUGUUUUUGUGAGUGGAAUGGCUAAUCGAGCAACGGCUAACGGCACUGCUCACCAAACCAAACUUGCUAGGUGUUCGAGCAGUGUCGGUGAUAGCGGAAUCGAUAAAACCAAAGUUGGCUGGACCAGUCCUAGAGAGAUAUGGAGGAACUUAUCACUCCGCAGGAAAGUCGAGUUGCAAAGUAAACGCGAGCUGUUCUUCAAGUCGGAAUCGGUGAGCAGCGGCGGAGUGAGUGCAACGGGUCUGCCGAACGUUGCGCCGCCAGCUCCGCCGCUUGCGCCUUCCUCUAUAAAGGACGCGCUCGCGAAGCGUUCAGCGACGCUACCCGAGCCCCAAGAGAACAACCACUUGGAGGCGAAUGGGACUGCGCCUCCCAAUAAAUUGAGUUCAAGCGCGUCCGUGGACGUCGGGAAGAGCGGACCGCCACAGAUGCCAGCGCCGCCGAUACCCACCUCUGCACCACCACCUGCACCACUCAGAAGUACAGAAAACAUCAUCAAAAAACCAGAUCAUCCACCAGUUGCACCAAAACCGGACAUACCUAAGAUAGAAAAGCCUAAGACCAAAGAAUUAGAUGGAUACGUCGGAUUCGCAAAUCUACCCAAUCAAGUGUACAGAAAGGCUGUUAAAAAGGGAUUCGAAUUUACAUUAAUGGUCGUCGGUGAGACCGGUUUGGGCAAGUCGACGUUAAUCAAUUCGUUGUUUUUGACCGAUGUGUACGAUAAGGACAAGCACCCCGGGCCUUCGCUGCGGGUCAAGAAGACGGUCGGCGUCGAAACCAGUGUUGUGCUCCUUAAAGAGAAUGGAGUAAACCUAACACUGACUAUCGUGGACACACCUGGAUUUGGAGAUGCUGUUGAUAACAGCAAUUGCUGGCAACCCAUUAUCGAUUUCGUGGAGUCGAAAUACGAGGAGUUCUUGAACGCGGAGUCGCGGGUGACCCGUCAGGCGGCACCUCCAGACACGCGCGUACAUUGCUGCCUGUACUUCAUCGCGCCCAGCGGCCACGGGCUCAAACCGCUCGAUGUAGAGUUCAUGCAGCGCCUCGGCGAUAAGGUCAACAUCAUACCCGUUAUCGCGAAGGCGGAUACUAUGACGCCGGAGGAGUGCAAGGAUUUCAAAGAACAGAUAAUGAAAGAAAUAGCCCAGCACAAGAUCAAAAUCUACGACUUCCCGGAGAGCACGGGCGAGGAGGGUGAAGCCGCAGAGGCGACGAAGGCGUUACGUGCCCGCGUGCCGUACGCGGUGGUUGGAGCCAACACGGUUAUUGAACAAGAUGGCCGCCGGAUCCGGGGCCGCAAGUACCCGUGGGGUAUCGCUGAGGUUGAGAACCUCGAGCACUGCGACUUCCUGGCGCUAAGGAACAUGGUGAUACGGACUCACCUCCAGGACCUGAAGGAUGUGACCAGCUCAGUGCAUUACGAGAACUACAGGUGUCGCAAGCUCGCUGGCCUCUCGCAUGACGGCAUCCCGCACAGGAUCAACUCGAACAAGAAUCCAUUAGCUCAGAUGGAAGAAGAAAAGAGAGAACACGACCUCAAGAUGAAGAAAAUGGAGAGUGAAAUGGAACAGGUGUUCGAUCUAAAAGUUCGCGAGAAGCGUGCCAAACUGAAGGAAUCUGAAGCUGAACUGGCCCGACGGCACGAGGCCACGCGGCGCGCGCUCGAGGCGCAGGCGCGUGAGCUCGAGGAGCGUCAGCGUGCGCUACAGGCCGAACAGGCCGCGUGGGAACGUGAGACUGGGCUCUCGUUGGACGAUCUGCGGCGUCGCUCGCUAGAGGCUAAUAGCAAGGAGUGAGUGAUACAUAACACUAUAAAUUAUAAUAUAUACUACAAUGCAAGCAACACAGGACAUAACACAAUACACUCACAAUACACAAGAACAUUACAUGACACAAGCGCGCAAGCUCGAGGAGCGUCAGCGUGCGCUGCAGGCCGAACAGGCCGCGUGGGAACGUGAGACUGGGCUCUCGUUGGACGAUCUGCGGCGUCGCUCGCUAGAGGCUAAUAGCAAGGAGUGAGUGAUACAUAACACUAUAAAUUAUAAUAUAUACUACAAUGCAAGCAACACAGGACAUAACACAAUACACUCACAAUACACAAGAACAUUACAUGACACAAGCGCGCAAGCUCGAGGAGCGUCAGCGUGCGCUGCAGGCCGAACAGGCCGCGUGGGAACGUGAGACUGGGCUCUCGUUGGACGAUCUGCGGCGUCGCUCGCUAGAGGCUAAUAGCAAGGAGUGAGUGAUACAUAACACUAUAAAUUAUAAUAUAUACUACAAUGCAAGCAACACAGGACAUAACACAAUACACUCACAAUACACAAGAACAUUACAUGACACAAGCGCGCAAGCUCGAGGAGCGUCAGCGUGCGCUGCAGGCCGAACAGGCCGCGUGGGAACGUGAGACUGGGCUCUCGUUGGACGAUCUGCGGCGUCGCUCGCUAGAGGCUAAUAGCAAGGAGUGAGUGAUACAUAACACUAUAAAUUAUAAUAUAUACUACAAUGCAAGCAACACAGGACAUAACACAAUACACUCACAAUACACAAGAACAUUACAUGACACAAGCGCGCAAGCUCGAGGAGCGUCAGCGUGCGCUGCAGGCCGAACAGGCCGCGUGGGAACGUGAGACUGGGCUCUCGUUGGACGAUCUGCGGCGUCGCUCGCUAGAGGCUAAUAGCAAGGAGUGAGUGAUACAUAACACUAUAAAUUAUAAUAUAUACUACAAUGCAAGCAACACAGGACAUAACACAAUACACUCACAAUACACAAGAACAUUACAUGACACAAGCGCGCAAGCUCGAGGAGCGUCAGCGUGCGCUGCAGGCCGAACAGGCCGCGUGGGAACGUGAGACUGGGCUCUCGUUGGACGAUCUGCGGCGUCGCUCGCUAGAGGCUAAUAGCAAGGAGUGAGUGAUACAUAACACUAUAAAUUAUAAUAUAUACUACAAUGCAAGCAACACAGGACAUAACACAAUACACUCACAAUACACAAGAACAUUACAUGACACAAGCGCGCAAGCUCGAGGAGCGUCAGCGCGCGCUGCAGGCCGAACAGGCCGCGUGGGAACGUGAGACUGGGCUCUCGUUGGACGAUCUGCGGCGUCGCUCGCUAGAGGCUAAUAGCAAGGAGUGAGUGAUACAUAACACUAUAAAUUAUAAUAUAUACUACAAUGCAAGCAACACAGGACAUAACACAAUACACUCACAAUACACAAGAACAUUACAUGACACAAGCGCGCAAGCUCGAGGAGCGUCAGCGCGCGCUGCAGGCCGAACAGGCCGCGUGGGAACGUGAGACUGGGCUCUCGUUGGACGAUCUGCGGCGUCGCUCGCUAGAGGCUAAUAGCAAGGAGUGAGUGAUACAUAACACUAUAAAUUAUAAUAUAUACUACAAUGCAAGCAACACAGGACAUAACACAAUACACUCACAAUACACAAGAACAUUACAUGACACAAGCGCGCAAGCUCGAGGAGCGUCAGCGUGCGCUGCAGGCCGAACAGGCCGCGUGGGAACGUGAGACUGGGCUCUCGUUGGACGAUCUGCGGCGUCGCUCGCUAGAGGCUAAUAGCAAGGAGUGAGUGAUACAUAACACUAUAAAUUAUAAUAUAUACUACAAUGCAAGCAACACAGGACAUAACACAAUACACUCACAAUACACAAGAACAUUACAUGACACAAGCGCGCAAGCUCGAGGAGCGUCAGCGCGCGCUACAGGCCGAACAGGCCGCGUGGGAACGUGAGACUGGGCUCUCGUUGGACGAUCUGCGGCGUCGCUCGCUAGAGGCUAAUAGCAAGGAGUGAGUGAUACAUAACACUAUAAAUUAUAAUAUAUACUACAAUGCAAGCAACACAGGACAUAACACAAUACACUCACAAUACACAAGAACAUUACAUGACACAAGCGCGCAAGCUCGAGGAGCGUCAGCGCGCGCUGCAGGCCGAACAGGCCGCGUGGGAACGUGAGACUGGGCUCUCGUUGGACGAUCUGCGGCGUCGCUCGCUAGAGGCUAAUAGCAAGGAGUGAGUGAUACAUAACACUAUAAAUUAUAAUAUAUACUACAAUGCAAGCAACACAGGACAUAACACAAUACACUCACAAUACACAAGAACAUUACAUGACACAAGCGCGCAAGCUCGAGGAGCGUCAGCGUGCGCUGCAGGCCGAACAGGCCGCGUGGGAACGUGAGACUGGGCUCUCGUUGGACGAUCUGCGGCGUCGCUCGCUAGAGGCUAAUAGCAAGGAGUGAGUGAUACAUAACACUAUAAAUUAUAAUAUAUACUACAAUGCAAGCAACACAGGACAUAACACAAUACACUCACAAUACACAAGAACAUUACAUGACACAAGCGCGCAAGCUCGAGGAGCGUCAGCGUGCGCUGCAGGCCGAACAGGCCGCGUGGGAACGUGAGACUGGGCUCUCGUUGGACGAUCUGCGGCGUCGCUCGCUAGAGGCUAAUAGCAAGGAGUGAGUGAUACAUAACACUAUAAAUUAUAAUAUAUACUACAAUGCAAGCAACACAGGACAUAACACAAUACACUCACAAUACACAAGAACAUUACAUGACACAAGCGCGCAAGCUCGAGGAGCGUCAGCGUGCGCUGCAGGCCGAACAGGCCGCGUGGGAACGUGAGACUGGGCUCUCGUUGGACGAUCUGCGGCGUCGCUCGCUAGAGGCUAAUAGCAAGGAGUGAGUGAUACAUAACACUAUAAAUUAUAAUAUAUACUACAAUGCAAGCAACACAGGACAUAACACAAUACACUCACAAUACACAAGAACAUUACAUGACACAAGCGCGCAAGCUCGAGGAGCGUCAGCGUGCGCUGCAGGCCGAACAGGCCGCGUGGGAACGUGAGACUGGGCUCUCGUUGGACGAUCUGCGGCGUCGCUCGCUAGAGGCUAAUAGCAAGGAGUGAGUGAUACAUAACACUAUAAAUUAUAAUAUAUACUACAAUGCAAGCAACACAGGACAUAACACAAUACACUCACAAUACACAAGAACAUUACAUGACACAAGCGCGCAAGCUCGAGGAGCGUCAGCGUGCGCUGCAGGCCGAACAGGCCGCGUGGGAACGUGAGACUGGGCUCUCGUUGGACGAUCUGCGGCGUCGCUCGCUAGAGGCUAAUAGCAAGGAGUGAGUGAUACAUAACACUAUAAAUUAUAAUAUAUACUACAAUGCAAGCAACACAGGACAUAACACAAUACACUCACAAUACACAAGAACAUUACAUGACACAAGCGCGCAAGCUCGAGGAGCGUCAGCGUGCGCUGCAGGCCGAACAGGCCGCGUGGGAACGUGAGACUGGGCUCUCGUUGGACGAUCUGCGGCGUCGCUCGCUAGAGGCUAAUAGCAAGGAGUGAGUGAUACAUAACACUAUAAAUUAUAAUAUAUACUACAAUGCAAGCAACACAGGACAUAACACAAUACACUCACAAUACACAAGAACAUUACAUGACACAAGCGCGCAAGCUCGAGGAGCGUCAGCGUGCGCUGCAGGCCGAACAGGCCGCGUGGGAACGUGAGACUGGGCUCUCGUUGGACGAUCUGCGGCGUCGCUCGCUAGAGGCUAAUAGCAAGGAGUGAGUGAUACAUAACACUAUAAAUUAUAAUAUAUACUACAAUGCAAGCAACACAGGACAUAACACAAUACACUCACAAUACACAAGAACAUUACAUGACACAAGCGCGCAAGCUCGAGGAGCGUCAGCGCGCGCUACAGGCCGAACAGGCCGCGUGGGAACGUGAGACUGGGCUCUCGUUGGACGAUCUGCGGCGUCGCUCGCUAGAGGCUAAUAGCAAGGAGAUGGUGGACGGCAAGGAUAAAAAGGAUAAGAAAAAGAAAGGUUUGUUCUAAACUCGCGAUAAGUCGCGUCGGCUUCGCACCCACCGUACUCAUACGUGACUAACCCCUGUUGGCGCCAACUAUACGCCAUGCUCGACCAACGUUGGUCCAACGUGGCCUAUAAUUGUUUACUGUAUAUGUUAUACUCUACAUUUUAUCUAGAACACAUUUCUAUCCAGAUCUCGAACUGUAGACACUUUGACUAAACCCCUCGAACCAAUGUGUGUUGUAACAGACGACAGAUGUCGCUUCAUUUUUCCAUAAUCAUCUCCAGAUUGCUUCGGCCUUGUUGCUAGACACUAUUGUACAGAGUUUAACUAUAUUAUUGUUUUCAUUUUAAGGUAAAUAUUCGACAUAUCGUAAUGUGUUGAAGAAAUAUACCUUGUAACUUUUAACAUGAAAUUGCUAUGACGUAUGGCAUUUCGUGUCAUUAACUUUAAAAGUGCCAUUUCAGGAAAAUAACGGAGGAUUCUUUUGGUUUCUUACUAAUACUGUAUGUAUUAUUUUUUUCUACUUUUUGUAUGUAUUGGUGUUACAGUGAUGUAUUCCAAAGUAAAAAACCUUUCACUAACAAAAAAUUGAUCUCCGUUUUGUGAUGUAAAUAUAUAUGUUGCAUAACUUUUAUACAAGGUGUGGGGACAUAGAUGUAAUAUUACUUUGUGAAAUUAAAAUCGGGAUUAACGUUGUACUCAUGUAAAAAUGAACUAGCGAUUAUUUGCAUUUUGCAAGUCGCGUAAAUUAUUUUCUUUUUAUUUAUAUUCCAUUCGUUUAUAGUUAUGUAUUUAUUUGUUUAUAUGACUUUCAGAUUGGUCAUUUAAGAAUGUCACAAGCGGGAUAGCCCUAUAAUGACUGAAUGUUUAACGGAGUGUGGCGCGAUUAGUAUUACGUUUCCUAUGAUAAUGAUCGAACAACGAUUACUAAAGACUACAAUAAAUUUAUCGAUGUAAUGAUCCAUCGUCAGUUAAUUAGUUAUACUUAAUACAGGAUUGUUUGACUUUUUCGUUAUACAUUCUCCAUGACAAAGCAUUUAUUUCGAUAAAGGCCUAAUUUUGUAUAAUUUUAUUUCUAAUGUUUUAUAUCUACUGAAGGUAAUAUAAAGACCUCUUAUGUCAUCGGUAUAUAUUUUUAAGCACAACAUUUUUGGCUUUUAAUUCGACGAAUACGUCCGCCAAGUUGCCAAAGUAGUGUAUGAUUAGGAAAACGUUAAUUAUACAGCAUUUUACAACCCGAGGUUUUAUAAAAAUCGCUCAACAUUGAAAAUUACUGUUUUUAAUUUCCCUUCGCGUAGUAUUGAACGCUAGUGUCUUAAAUUUUAAAAGUUCACGAUUUAGUAGUGAUUUGAACAAUUUAUAAUAGGAACACAAUUCUAAAUUUUGAUGUGAAUUUAGAUAUUUUUUAUAUCUUUACUAAAUUAUGCAUUAAGCUUAAUCAAGACAGCAAUUUUCGUGGUGUGUGGAGUGGCACGGCGUUUGAUUACACAUCGGUAUAUUGUGCUUAGUGAUAUUCAAGUAUGCUCAUAGUUCAGUUGUGAAAUAGCCUCUAGCUUUAGCUAGGAUAUAGAAUUUCUUUAUAUUACGUAAUACGUAAGGUGAAUGUGUGAGAACCGCUGGCCACCGAUUGGGUUGUCGGACCGAAUCCGAACUGCCUACAGUUAUUCCUAUUGAACAAUACAGAUAUUCUAUACUGUUGUGAAUGAUACGUAUUUAUGUUAUUCCAUAUUAGCCUCUUAGACUAUAAUCUAUAUUAUUGACUUUUCCUGUAAAUAUUUCGUUUAGACUUUACACGACAAAGGUAUAUUCAAGUUGCUCUUAAUCACGUUACUUUUGUGAAAUUGCAUAAUCUUUAUUUAAUCUAUAGCAUGGUUUAAUGUUUGUAUUUCAAACACCACAGUAUUGACUUCCGCGUUGAAAUUAGUAUCGUAGAUGUAAGUGUAAUGCUUAAUUUUUAUAUUUUGUGUAGGGUCGCGACCCAAUUUACCGAAUAGAUCAUUUGCACAGUCAUAACGAGGGAUGUGAUGUGAGUUGGAAAGCGAUGACGUUCAGACGAUGUAAUAUAUUGUACCUUUGAAUAAAUAUAAAUAAAUACGUAAUAUAUAGGAA